GUCAAAUCCAGGUCAUCAGUGUGAUGCCACUUCCGCAGUUGUUCUCCACUCAUUCGCCAGCGGGCUGUGAAGCCUGCCGUGUACCUGUUUCAGCUCAGUCAUGAGAAAGGAAAACAAUUGGGCGUCAGGACAAGCGUUUAUAAGCCCCAACGUCUGCGCUCUUCUAUAUCUUCGAUGGAGUGGUCCUGUUCGGAUGUAUUGAAUGUAUUUGUUGAGCCCGCUCGACACGGAGCUGUUUGAAGCGAGAUAACCAGUGUAGUGUAGUGUAGUGUAGUGUAGUGUAGUGUGAGCUAGCUAGCGUUAGUUAGCUGCCCAGGUUUUCAGUGGCUGGUGUUCACGAGCUGCUCCACUCGUCAGCCCGGACAAAGGGUCUGUAAAGCUGGCGAGGUUAGCCCAUGAUGAAUCGCUUUCGGAAGUGGCUGUAUAAGCCAAAGAGGUCGGACCCUCAGCUUCUUGCCCAGUUUUACUAUGCAGAUGAAGAGCUGAACCAGGUGGCCUCGGAGCUGGAUAGUCUGGACGGCAGGAAGGACCCUCAGAGAUGCACACUGCUUGUCAACCAGUUCCGCUCGUGCCAGGACAACGUGCUGAAUAUCAUAAACCACAUCAUGGAUGAGUGUAUACCAGAAGACAGAGCAAACAGAGACUUCUGUGUGAAAUUUCCAGAAGAGAUCCGCCAUGACAACCUUGCAGGACAGCUAUGGUUUGGGGCAGAGUGCCUAGCAGCAGGCUCCAUCAUCAUGAAUCGUGAGAUUGAGAGUAUGGCGAUGCGUCCUUUGGCCAAAGAUUUGACCCGUAGUCUGGAGGAGGUGCGCAACAUCACCCGUGACCAAGCACUGAGAGACCUUAACUUCUACACAGAGCGCAUGAGGGAGGCGCUGCGCCAGUUCGACAGCCUUUUUGCUGAGUUUGAGCUCAGUUAUGUAUCUGCCAUGGUGCCUGUAAAGUCUCCUAAAGAGUACUACGUUCAGCAGGAGGUGAUUGUGCUCUUCUGUGAGACUGUAGAGAGGGCCCUAAAGCUUGGCUAUCUCACACAAGACAUGAUAGAUGAUUAUGAACCUGCUCUCAUGUUUACAAUCCCCCGACUUGCUAUCGUGUGCGGACUUGUUGUGUAUCCUGAUGGACCUCUUAACCUGGACAAUAAACCAGAGGACAUGUCCGAACUCUUCCGACCCUUUCGCACAUUACUAAAGAAAAUUAGGGACUUGUUGCAGACUCUGACAGAAGAAGAACUAACGACCCUGGAGCGAAAUCUGUGUAUCUCACAGGAUGGGGAGUUUCCUGGAGACUCCAUCUCCUCUGCCACAGAGUCUGCUCCCUCUGUCAACUCCAAGAGUCAGGUGGAGGAGUCCGAGAAAAGAGAAGAGCAAACAGAAGUGGAGAGGGUGACGGAGCUGGCUCUGUGUUCCUCUCAGUGUGAGGAGGAUGAGGCGUGGGAGAAGGACCAGGAACAGCAGGAGGUCCCAAAUGAAGGUGAAGAGGACACUGAAGUGGACCUUGCCUGUUCCAUGCAGUAUGACGAAGAGGAAAUUGAGCAGCUCAACAUAAUGGUGCACCGUGUUGGUGAUCACAUGUCCACACUGCUCUCACCUCCAAGCCAGAGGCCAUCUCCAGCUCAUUAUCGCAGAAAAAAACAGCCCAGUGCGGGUGGAUCCAGUGUGUCCGCUAGCCUUGGGGAAUCAAGCACACCCUCAAGCACUGAAAACUCCCCUCAGCGAGCUCCUGGCUCCCAGCAUGAGGAAGACGAGCGGGUCUUCUUCAUGGAUGACCUGGAAGGCAUGGGCAAUGGUGGAGAAGCUGGAACUAGCUCAGGAGAACUCUGCCAGGGACAGCAAGUCUCUCUCAUCAUAAACCUCACAUCCCUCAAGUCAAUCAGGCCAGAGCCUACAAGUGACUCCACCUGCAAUGGAUGGAUGACGGCCUGUCAGACAAACGAGGAUUUUGAUCAGAGCAGCCAGGAAAAACUGUGCCUCUCUUCUGGACCUGCAGGAACCUCAGAAACAUUACCACUUGUGAAUGGCUGGGAGGGACAGCUGGACUGUGAGGAAGGAGAAAGUGGAGAGCCUGCAGAGGUCAUUGCUCACCGGACAGGAGGGAUGAAGCUGUCAGCCACUGUGAUCUUUAACCCACGCUCACCCAACCAGCCUGAGUUGGUGGUUUUGCCACGUUCAACCGAGGGAACUGCUCACCGCCUGCUCAACUCCUGUGUCUGCUGCACUGCUGGAUGUGUCGAUGCCCAUGAUGACCCCACUACCACAGAUACCACUACUGAAGAUGAGAAUCUGGACUUCAGCAAGUGCAAACUCGCCAUCACAAGCACUGUUAUCCAGUCAGCAAUGGGUGCCUGUGGCACGGGGAAGGUAGAUGCCCCUUUACCCCUCCCACCUCCACCUGGACAACAGCAAUUGAGGGAGGAGGGUGAGGACCAAGAGAGAGGAAGGUUUACUCAUGUCCCCUGUUGUGAGAAGUGCCUUGCCAAUAGCUCCAAGCUGUCCCCACAUAGAGACACUGGAGAGGACGAGUCAAUAGAUGGAUAUCCCCAUCAGGAAAAAGCUUGCCUAGUAAUGGCUAGCUCUGCAGCAAAAGAGAAACAGUCCAAAGAAGACAGCAAAAAUGAAUCCAGUUUACAGGUAUCCCCUCUCAGUUCAGGCACCAGCAGUGACUGUGAGAGUGUGUCUGUCACCACAUGCAGUCUGUCCAGUUCAUGCACACCCAGUUCUGUCAGUAGUUUGACCACCAGCUCAGAAAUGUCUGAGGAGCUUGAUCACCAGGAGCUUCAGCUGGCCCUGCAGGCUUCUAAACUGGUUGCUCACAACAAAAUACGGGCUCGCUUCCAUAGCAGUAGUGACCUCAUCCAUCGUCUGUUUGUCUGCAUAUCAGGUGUGGCAGAUCAACUGCAAACAAAUUACGCAAGUGACCUGAGGAGCAUCUUGAAGACACUGUUUGAGGUCAUGGCAACAAAAUCAGAGCAAGGGGACAAUGAGAAACAGAAGAAAGGGCCGAGAAUAGGAAGCGCCGGAUUAGAAGACUGUGCUCUUUGUCAAGAGACUAUGACCUCAUCAGAACUCGCAGCAAAGGCACGGGAUGGCCAGUUUGAAGACCCUCCUGAGUGGGUUCCAGAUGAGGCCUGUAACUCCUGCAUCGCCUGUAAGGCUCCUUUCACAGUCAUCCGGAGGAAGCACCACUGUAGGAGCUGUGGAAAGAUAUUCUGCUCCCGAUGCUCUUCACACUCAGCCCCAUUACCCCGCUACGGUCAGAUGAAGCCUGUGAGAGUGUGCACUCACUGCUACAUGUUUCAUGUCACACCUUUCUACAGUGAGAGGACUAGUGUUUGACUGUAGCCCUGCUUUACACCAUCAUCACACAUGGACAUAAGCACAUUUACCAUGCAGCCAGAUGGAAACGUUUAGCCAAAGCUGCACUUUUUUUUCCCGUUUAAACUGGUUGAGUUUGUGCAUGUGCACAGACACGCACAUUUAUUUAAAUUAUAAAAAAAAUUCUAUACGUACAUGUAAAUACGGAUACACAACAAUAUUGGAGAAGCGACCCUGAGCAAAGAACAAAUUAGCUUUUAAAUACUGCUUCAUAAAUUGUCUAAAGUUAAUAAAUGCUUAUUAUCAAGCACACUGAGAAAUGGCACCAAAGUAUUUGCUAGAAUUUUCUGACAUAGAGCAUGAAGUGAAUUAACUAAAGCGAAUUCUAAUCAGAGGUUCAGUCUUAGGGACUCUCACUCAGUGAUUAGUUAGAUUUUAAAAU